AUGGCCGAGGGAUCAGAACGUACUCCCAAACCACUGUUCGAGCCAACCGAUAUAUUCAAUUUCGAUUUCCCCACGCCUCCACUGUCCAAUCAGGCCAACAGUGAAACUUCUAAAGAUGUCCUCGAUACUACCAUCAACGUUGAUAUUGAUAUCUCCCUUGAAGAAGAAGCGAUGAGAAGGCCUGAUAGGUUAAUACUGGAUAGUUCUCCACCUGAUUUCGAGGAAGAACCAGAUAAUCACGAAGAUGAAUUAGCAAUGUACGAAUUGGAAAGGGAAAGGGAAUUGUCAGAAAGUACAAAGUCAACUAAACCUAUCAAGUCUGAUUUCAUCUCUUCUGGUAUUUUCGAAUCGAAUGAACAACCCAUUGCCUCUUCGUCUCGAAUCGUCCUGACUCCACCACCAGAGAUCGACCUUACGCCUUUACCAAUAUUUCAUUCUCAUUUCAAUACCUGUACUUUACCGUCUCUGAGAGCAGAGACAAUGCAAGGUAGAUCGGUAUCAUUCAAAAGGAGGAACAAACCUAGAUCACUGCCUACGCUACAGGUUAUUUCGAAAGGUGCUAGAACAGAUGCGGGAGAUCUACUCAGUAUACCUCUUCACAAGUUAUUGGCAGAGGUUGAUGAGUUGAAAUCGCAACAAGAAGCUAUCAAAUUGCAACAGAGAUACGACGAAGAACGUCGUCAGGCUGAGCGAACCACCUUAUCUUCCGUCAGUAAAAGCUCUGUCAUGUGGGUGGACAAGUAUAGGCCAAAAAAAUUCUCAGAUUUGUUAGGAGAAGAUCGUGUACAUCGAGAAGUUAUGAAUUGGCUGAAAGAAUGGGAUAAAUGUGUAUUCAAAAGAAUCAUCCCGGGCAAGAAGAGGAAAGUGGAAAGUGAAAAUGAGAAUUUCGUGGUUGAUUACCUCGGAAGACCAAGAGAGAGGAUCCUGCUGCUAUCAGGACCACCGGGAUAUGGUAAAACCACUCUCGCACAUAUCGUUGCACGACAUGCAGGAUACCGCACACUUGAGAUCAACGCUUCGGACGAUCGAUCAGCAGCGACUGUAUCCACACGUAUAAAGAAUGCUAUCGAUUCAGGGUCGGGUUUGGGAAGUGAAGGAAAACCUACUUGUGUGGUGAUUGACGAAAUUGACGGUGCCAGUGGAGGAGGUGAUGCAAGCUUCAUCCGAAGCUUGAUCAAAUUGAUACAAGAUGUCCCGGCGAGGAAGAAGAGCAACACACCUGCAAGACCUCUUCGACGUCCAAUCAUAUGUAUAUGCAAUGACCUCUAUGCUUCUUCACUGCGUCCGCUCCGACCAUUCGCACGAAUCAUUCGAUUCCGUAAACCUCAACCCCAAUUCCUGGUCAAGCGAUUGAGAGAGAUAUGUGAUCGCGAAAUCCUGUCAGCUGAUUUGAGAUCACUCACAACUUUGGUAGAUGUAACAAGUGGAGAUGUGAGGAGUUGUUUGAAUACGUUACAGUUCAUCAAAUCCAAAUCGUCCGUAGUGACGGACGAAGCUAUACGUAACUCUUCUGUUGGACUGAAAGAUUCCGGAACAACUCUGCAAUCCGUCUGGAACACUCUGUUCAUUCCCCUAGCUGCAAAACAAAGACGAAAGGCAAUCGGAAUAGACGAUGGAAGAUACGUCGACAGAGUAUCGUUCGCCGUACAAGCUUGUGGAGAUUAUGACAAAGUCGUUCAAGGUUUAUUUGAACACUAUCCGAAUUUGAAACCACUCGAUUCGUCUCUGCCCAAUGUUUGUAAAGUACAUGAUUGGUUAGGAUACUACGAUCGAUUAUCAUCAAGGGUAUCAGAAUCGCAAGAAUGGGAUCUGAUGGGUUAUAUGCCAUACGCUAUCACUGCUUGGUACAGUCAUUUAGCCGCGCCCGCCAAUAACACCAAACCUACUGAAUGGCCGAAAGCAGAUUAUGAGUCCUAUCAAGCGAGAAUAGCAAAUGAGGAAAUUUCAACUUCGAUGAAAAACCUUGUUCCCCCUAUUCUAAGAUCGCUCUUCUCGACAACGACUACUUUGACCGAGUUCAUCCCGUUACUCAUGAGAGUCAUUUCUCCACCUUUAAAACCUGUCAAUGCCAAUAUCGUGAAACCCGCUGAGAGAGCUGUCUUGGAUAGAUUAGUAGAAUUGAUGAUCCCACUUGGAUUGAGGUUUUGGCAGGAAAAAGGAGAAAAUGGUCAACCUAUGAUGAGGCUGGAACCACCCAUCGAUGUCUUCGUGCAUUAUGAAGGCAAAAGAGCGGAUGACAUAUUAGCUUCAAGAUUUGCGGUCCGUCAGCUGGUUGCUCAGGCUAUGGACGCUGAGAUAGCGAGACGGAGGGGAGCUGUUGGAGCGGACGGUGAAUCCACUACUCAUUCAGAAGGAUUUGCUAAAGCAUACGGAUUGAAGGGGAACGCAGGAUUGGGAAAGAAAACUGUGGAUAAAGCCGAUCUCCCUGCAACGGAUUUCUUCGGAAGAACGAAAUCGACCUCUACCCCUAUUUUGGCUGCUGAAUCGCUAGGCGUGGAUAAUGCCUCACCUGCUCCACCCGAACCGCCACAGAAGAGGUUUAGAGCUGUAUACAAAUUUAACGAAGGUUCAAGUAGUGCAGUCAGGAAGAGCAUCAAGAUGUCUGCUUUAAUGUGA